UUUACAAAAUAUAGGUAUGCUGUUUUCCUUGUUUCAAUUGUCUUAUCUUUGAGUUAUGGAUCUGAAGCGGGCGACUUAGAUGAAGAUAGAAAACCACAACUGGAAAAUGCUACUGUUCUAAGCAAUUAUCACCGAGAAUGUUACCUUUAUCAAAGACCCGUGGAUUGUGCUGAGAUAUAUAGACUAGGUUUCCAGAAAAGUGGAGUGUAUGACAUUUAUCCAAAGAGCAGAAUCUUAGGAACUUCCUCUGUUAAAGUUUAUUGCGAUAUGGUAACAGAUGGUGGAGGUUGGACGGUAAGACCUAUACUUUUUAUAUGGGCAGUUAUGACAAAAAGCAGGUUCACAAGAUCUUCCCAUAUUCAACUUUUUAAAAGUUUGACGAAAAAUAAUGUUCGAGAAAGUUUAACUUUUUCUGUUGAAUUUGUUCAAUUUUUUCCCAUAGGAAACGAUGUUAUCCAUGUUUUGACAAACCAAAGAAAGUAUGCUGUACGUUUUGAUCUAGGAACAGACCGUGAGACUGCUUAUGCACAUUACAACAGUUUCUGGAUUGACAAUGAAGAGUAUAAAUAUAAACUGCAUAUAUCAGGUUUCAGUGGAACUGCAGGUGAUUCUAUGACAUAUCAUAAUGGUAUGAGUUUCUCAACGAAAGAUAGAGACAACGAUCGAGAUGUGAAAAACUGCGCAGAGUGGUGGAAGGGAGGUUGGUGGUAUAACUCAUGCCACAGCGCUAAUUUGAAUGGUUUGUAUUUAAAAGGCACUCAUAACCAAUAUAGAUAUGACAUGAUAACAUGGAAGACCUGGAAAGGUUAUACAGUCUCCUUGUCUAAUGUUGAAAUGAAAAUUCGACCAAUUGAUUUUUAAAUAAAGUGUUUACAGUGUAUACUGUAAAAA